AUGGAUUUCAUCAAGACCAGUUCCCUGCGUGCUCUGAGUGAGUUAACUUUCCAACGCAACUGGAAUGGCCUCAUUGAGAAGACUGGUCCAGACGGCUCUAUCGAGAAACCGCGGCCAAGCCGUGCAGAGCAGCCGGCCGAGGAACGAAUGUUCCGCGUCGGCCAAAGUCUAAACCGUCCGUCCAAGCUCGGCCAAGUACACGUAUCGACCCGGGAAAGCAAUGUCCCGCGGUCGGCCAAGUCACAACCACGAAGCCGCGCACGACCAUGCCGCGCGAGCCGGGAAGCAACGCCUCGCGGCCGCGCAACCUCUCACGUACCACGGCCGAUGCGCCAUCCGAUCAGGAAAGCCGCCCCACGUCCGGCCAGAAACAUCGGCCAAAUCUUCACCCGCCGACCAGCGGCCGACCACGAAUCUCCGGCCACGACCGUUCCGAUCUGCCGAUAG